AUUUUGGAAUCUGUGGCCAUUUUGAACGCCUCGUCACAGCGCAAGUCUGGAACUGAACAUUCCUGUCGUUGCGGAUUAUUCUGCCAUUUCUAACCGAUCGCCAACCAAUUUCCAACCAGUAAUUUCCUAUGUGCGAACGUAGCUGUCGGUUUUGUGUUUAUUGAAGUGUUAAAACAUUAAUUUUGGUUCGUAUUUCGCAAUGAGUGAACCGGGGAUUACCAGUAUGCCUCCUCUUCAGCCUUCUCAAGUGAUGGACGAGAGUUCUACGGAGGAAUCUACUUUCUGUUCAUGGACCAGGGCAAAUACCUUGAUUUUACUCGAUUUAUGCAAUAAAUUUAGAUUGAAAGUGGGCACUUUAGAAAUUAGAAAUUUGAAGAAAAUGUGGGAAGUCAUGUCAAAAGAAUUUCAAACUUGUCAUGGUAUUGCUGUCACGGCAAGUAACUGUCAGAAUAGAUGGCGCGUGUUGGAGCGAAAUUAUAAAAAAUAUUUAAAUAGCAAACAGCAAACAGGGACCGGGCAAAAAUUUUUUGAGUUCGCCGAACAAAUGGGGAAUAUUGUAGGAAAGGAGAACGACAUCAACCCCACUGUUCUUCUAACAGCGGCAAGCCGAAGCAAAAUCCCAGCGGGAAACGCUCAAUCGCCACAUCUUCAAGGGGCCAAAUCAUCGGGAUCCAAUCACGAGUCAGAUAAUACGUUAAGUCCGCCAGCUAAAAAAUCUAAGCUUAAACUGACACCAAUGCGACCUAAAUAUAACAGCGAUGAAAUAUUAGAGAAAUUUAGAAACGACAAAGAACAAAGACACAAAGAGAAAUUUGCCUUUGAGAAAGCGAAAUUUGAGAAACUGUUUCAGCUGGAAUUAAGGAAGCAAGCGGCUAGGGAGACAAGAAACAACUUUUUAAAACAGAGCAAUGAAUUGCGAAAAGAACAAAACCAUAUUUUAGAUCUUCUUUGCAAAAAAAUUGAGCAAGUACCCAGGUGUAACGGUCAUAUGUGAUAGGUAUUCCUUAAAUUAUACAAUUUGUAGAUA